CCCUCCAUAAGAGCAGCCGGGCCGCCGUCGGGCGGCAGACGUCCGCGGCGGCCGCAGCAGCUCCUCUCUAGCGCCCCCGCCCGGUUCAUCCGCACGCGCGCAGCUCCUUUGGACGGCCAUGGCUGCGCCCCCUCGACGGCGGCCGCCUCUGCGCCCCCUGCUGGCGCUGCUGCUGCUGCUGCUGCUGGCCGGCCCGGCUGCUCCUGCGACGCCGGGGCCGCCUUGCCCGGUGGUGUGCGACCGGGUGCGCUGCCCUCCGCGCUCCCCGCAGGCCUGCGCGGCCGUCGGCGGGGAGCUGCAGCCCGACCGCUGCGGCUGCUGCUGGGAGUGCGCCCCCGGCGAAGGCCAGCCCUGCGCCCCCGGCGGCCUCUGCGCAACUGGCCUCUUCUGCCAGCGGCCCGCCGUCGGGAGCAGCCGCCUGCUGCGCGGGGGGGGCGCCUGCACCUGCGCCGAGUCCCCCCUGCCCGUCUGCGGCAGCGACGGCCGGACUUACCGGAGCCUCUGCCAGCUGCGCGCCGAGAACAAGGCAGGGCGUCUCCGCGACCUGCCGCCCGUCGUCGCCGUCCAGAAGGGCAGCUGCGGCGACCGAGGAGCUGUUGAUCCCACUAGCCUGCGGUACAAGUUCAACUUCAUUGCUGACGUGGUCGAGAAGAUUGCUCCUGCCGUUGUGCAUCUGGAGCUCUUCCGCAGGAAUCCUUACACAAACAAAGAAGUCCUGGUGUCUAGCGGUUCGGGCUUCAUUGUGUCAGAAGAUGGCCUGAUCAUCACCAACGCCCACGUUCUCACCAACAAGCAGAGGAUCAAGGUGGAGCUCAAGAGCGGCCACCAGUUUGAUGCCAAAGUCAAAGAUGUGGACCACAAGCUGGACAUUGCCCUGAUCAAAAUAGACACCAAUAUGGCUCUUCCGGUGCUCCUGCUGGGCAGAUCCUCGGACCUUCGGCCUGGGGAGUUUGUGGUGGCGCUGGGCAGCCCUUUCUCCUUGCAAAACACUGUGACGACGGGGAUUGUGAGCAGCACUCAGAGAGGCGGCAAAGAGCUUGGGCUGAAGGAUUCCAAUAUGGAAUACAUCCAGACUGAUGCCAUCAUCAAUUACGGAAAUUCUGGAGGACCCUUGGUAAACUUGGAUGGUGAAGUCAUAGGCAUGAACACGCUGAAGGUAACAGCCGGCAUCUCCUUCGCCAUCCCCUCAGACCGAAUUCGCCAGUUCCUGGAAGACUCCCAUAAUCGUCAGGUGAAAGGGAAAAGCAGACCCAAGAAGAAAUAUCUGGGACUCCGAAUGCUGCCCCUCACUUUCAAUCUCAUCCGUGAGCUGAGACGGCGGGAUUGGAACUUCCCAGACCUGAGUUCCGGCGUCUACAUCUAUGAAGUGAUUCAGGGGACAGCCGCUGAAAGUGCUGGCCUGCGAGACGGUGAUGUCAUCAUCGCGAUUAACGGGAAAACAGUCACUUCCACCCAAGAUGUGAUGGACAUGGUGCAGAACAACAAGACGCUUGCCAUCGUGGUGCGGAGAGGAAACGAAGAUGUCAUCCUGACAGUAACUCCGGAUGAAAUUGAUUAAAGAUUGUCCCUCUGUGGCAAA